AUGAAAGCUGUUGUGCAGUUGAAUUGUGAGCACCAGACCUGUAUGGAAUGCUUUACCACAUAUCUCAAAACGGCCUUCACUGAGAAUCAAUUCAGGUUUUUCCCGCAAAAUGGCUAUACUGUCGGAUGUCCCGUCUAUGGAUGUUCUGGAUGUGUUGUCGAUACACAUUGUUUCUAUUUGCUGGGGAAAUCUGGCUAUGAAGAUUAUCAGCGUCAAGCAGUGGAACGUCUGGUAUCAAUGGAACAGGAUGGAUUGUUUUGCCCGCGAACACACUGUGGUGCAGCGUUCUUUUGGGAUUUCAGCCCGCCAGAUUUUAUAGUGACCUGUCCCGAAUGUGAGCAUUCGUUCUGUGCCAUAUGUCGCUACGAGAAGUGUAUUUGUUCGGAAACGACUGCCACCGAAGAAACUAUCGAGCGCACCUGUCGCAAAUGUCCAUCCUGUGGUGCUCCGACCGAAAAAAGCGGUGGUUGCUCGCAUAUGCAUUGCAUCCAGUGCAAUUCGCACUGGUGCUAUCUGUGUAGAAAACCGUGGAGCAACGAGUGCCAGUGGGACCAUUGGUUCGAUUAA